GAUUUGCGAGUGGGCCAGAUCUGUCUGAUAGAUUAUUCUCAGAAUGCUUUCCUUCACGACUGUAGCUGUGUUGGUACUUGGUUGUUUUGCAGUCCUGGUGAACUGUGCUCCAAGGUUGAAACCCAAGAGCUCGAAUGCGGUUUGUCACGUAGAAGAACAGUUACUACGACAGAUGAGACAUAAGGUCCAUGCUCUGUCUAAAGAUGCAGAAAAACACGACGAGGACACGGAGACGAGACUGGUGGGAAAGGACCUAUUUCGAGGACUAGAGGAAUCUGGUAGUUGCUACGUGCUGAAGGAGGUGAUUGACUUCUAUCUUGGAACCGUUCUGAAAUCUGACAAAUUGCAUGCCAAAUAUUCGCAUCUAAAAGAGGUUAAGGAGUUUCUCACCAUUCUGAUGAAACGGCACAUGUCUGCUUGCGAUACUGAAGAUAAAACGAAAGCCAACAAAAACAUUGAACAACUGAAGCAGAAAGUGGACAAGCUCGGCGAGGCGAGUAAGGCCAAAGUUGUAGGGGAGCUCUUCAUCCUCCUUCAGGAGAUCGGGAGCCGCUGUUCAACACCAGGAAGGAAACCUGGUCACUAGGGGAAACCACGAAAUGAUGAAUGAGGAAAAUAAUUCAAGACACAAGAAAACAGUAACAGUUUCCAGAGAACACGUUUUGUUAACUUAACAAUGAAAUAUAUUUAUUUUUGGUGUAUUUAUCGUGUAUAAUGUUAUACACUGCAUUGUAAUUACUUACAGUAAGUUAUGUGUAGCA